CAAUUCCAUUUGUCCCAACAGUGUGUGUGAGAGAGAGAGAGAGAAAGUAGUGUGUGUGUGAGAGAGAGGAGGGGUGUCGUCGUCUUCCCAAAAUCUGCAACUCUCGCCAACCUCCCACUGUUAACACGUACGGCAACCCUACACUAUACUCCGCCGUUCUCGCGUUUCUCCUCUGAAGCGGGACAGAAAACAUCGGCUUUCGAAAUCUGUAUCUAGAAAUUCUGAUAAUGGAAUCACUUUGUUUUUCCCCUAGCCGAUCCCCCUUCCACGCCGGAUUUUUUAACACCGAGGUUUUCAAAACAUCCUCCUCCAACGCCGUUAAGUGCUCCCGUCUAAAGCCGUCGAUCUAUGCUACGCUGUCCAAACAAGGGGUCGAGAUUUUACCGUCGGUCGAUAAUAUUUCUAGGGUUUUGCCGUCGACUGCGCCGGCGCCGGUGCCUCUGUUAAGGGUUUCCCCGAGUUCGCUGCAGUGCGAGAGCGGGCGAUUGUUGCCGAAUGAGAAUUUAGGCAGAGGUGUUGUUGCCGAGGGUACGCUGAACGCUAUGGAAUAUUUGACGAAUAUUCUCGCGUCGAAGGUGUAUGAUGUGGCUUAUGAGUCGCCGCUGCAACUCGCGACGAAGCUCUCUGAGAGGUGGGGGGUCAAUAUCUGGCUCAAGAGAGAGGAUCUUCAGCCUGUAUGUAUUUCAAUUGACGCGUGUUUUUUCAUUCAAGCUUCGAGGGGCUUAUAAUAUGAUGGCAAAACUUCCAAAGGAACAACUAGAAAGAGGCGUAAUUUGUUCAUCAGCAGGAAACCAUGCUCAAGGUGUGGCAUUAUCUGCACAGAAAUUGGGAUGCAACGCUGUGAUUGCUAUGCCCGUUACUACUCCAGAGAUUAAGUGGAAAUCGGUUGAGAGACUUGGAGCCACUGUUGUCCUCAUAGGGGACUCGUAUGAUGAAGCCCAAACUUAUGCCAAAAAGAGAGCAGAAGAAGAGGGCCGCACAUUUGUACCUCCUUUUGAUCACCCUGAUGUAAUCAUAGGGCAGGGAACAGUUGGAAUGGAGAUUGUGAAACAGAUGAAAGGCCCCAUAGAAGCAAUAUUUGUGCCUGUAGGUGGUGGUGGGCUUAUAGCUGGUAUUGCUGCCUAUAUGAAAAGGGUUUCUCCAGAGGUGAAAAUUAUUGGAGUUGAACCAUUUGAUGCAAAUGCAAUGGCAUUAUCCCUGCACCAUGACCAGCGAGUUAUGCUAGACCAAGUGGGAGGUUUCGCUGAUGGAGUAGCAGUUAAAGUGGUCGGUGAAGAGACUUUUCGCCUUUGCAGCGAACUGAUAGACGGUGUAGUUCUUGUUGGUCGUGAUGCUAUCUGUGCAUCAAUAAAGGACAUGUUUGAGGAGAAAAGGAGCAUUUUAGAACCAGCAGGCGCUCUUGCUCUAGCUGGAGCUGAAGCUUACUGCAAGUAUUAUGGGCUCAAGGGUGCAAACGUAGUAGCAGUGACCAGUGGGGCGAACAUGAACUUUGAUAGAUUGAGAUUGGUAACUGAACUUGCAGAUGUUGGUAGGCGACGGGAAGCUGUCCUUGCAACUUACAUACAAGAGGAACCUGGAAGCUUUAAACAAUUCUGCGAGCUUGUGGGACCGUUGAAUAUUACUGAAUUUAAAUACAGAUGCAUUUUAGAUAAACAAGAAGCUUUAGUGCUGUACAGUGUUGGCCUUCACACGGACUUGGAACUUGACGCAAUGGUCCAGAGAAUGAGAUCAGCUCAACUAAAGACCAUAAAUCUUACUGAAAAUGACUUGGUUAAAGAUCAUUUACGACAUCUGAUGGGUGGAAGAUCAAACGUUAGAGACGAACUGCUUUGCCGUUUCAUUUUCCCCGAAAGACCUGGUGCUUUGAUGAAGUUUUUAGAUGCUUUGAGUCCUCGUUGGAAUAUAAGUUUGUUCCAUUACCGCGGGCAGGGAGAAACUGGUGCAAAUGUGUUGGUUGGUAUCCAAGUAGCUCAAAAUGAGAUGGGUGAGUUUCGGGGCCGUGCAAAUAGUCUCGGUUAUGAAUAUGAAUUGGAAACCAGUAAUGAAGCAUUUCAGCUUUUAAUGCGAUGAUAGAGGCUAUCUAAAAAGGAAUAAAAGGAAAAGAAAAAAAAAAGGUUAACUUAUAAUCAGUUCCAACUUAAAGCUAUUGUAAGUGGACUUUCUAAUAAAAUGCUCGUUCCCCAACAAAUAUUGGGAGCAGACGAGGAUGUACAUACAACUUUUGGUUUGUGUUUUAUCCUUUAUUGUCUUUUUCGGUGCUUAUGCAACCGAAUCAGGUUUCAUCUUUCGCUUCCAGAGGAUCCGAGGCAUCCUGCCUGAGAGCUGGUUCUUUUGUGUAACAUAGUUUAUUGCUUAGGACUGUUGGGACUCUUUUGGACCAAUUUCAACAUUUGCAUUAUAUUUGGCUUUGAAUAAUUUAAUAUGCUGAUGUGAUACUUAAUAAGUUAGUUUGAUUGU